GUGGGGUUGGUUUUUUUUCUCAUGGGAUUGGAACGUUUGCUCGAGCUCGCUUGAUUAAUGGAAUUUCGGUUGGAUUGAUAGAGGGGCGAGUUUUCUUGGGUGUUGGCAUUGGGGUGGAGGUUUAGAUGGUACUGAAGAGUUUAGUUUUGCUGUUCGGGCAUAAAGUUGAAGUUGGGUCAUGAGUCCGAAUUUGUGUGCUUCUGUUGAACAAUGGACCUGAAUUUUAUGUUUUGAUGUCAGUUGUGGCUGCAGAGAGUUGAUGUUGUAGGAAUUCAGAUUUGCUUCGGAGAAUUCGCAGGUUGUUGAUUCCUAGGUUUGGUUGCGGAUUGUUGGGCUUGGCAAAUGAGAAUAUCGGGAUGAGGGGUCUUGGGUGGGAAGUUGUCGAUGGGAACCCCCGACAACAAACUAUCCGAGCUGGUUGACUUAGUGAAGUCUUGGAUCCCUCGGAGGGUCGAGCCAGCACAGUUAUCUAGGGACUUUUGGAUGCCUGAUCACAGCUGCAGGGUAUGUUAUGAGUGCGAUUCCCAGUUCACUGUCUUCAACCGCAGGCAUCACUGUCGAAUUUGUGGACGAGUUUUCUGUGCUAAGUGUACGGCGAAUUCCAUUCCUGCCCCAUCUGAUGAGCAGAAGACUGGAAGGGAAGAUUGGGAGAGGAUCAGGGUUUGCAACUAUUGCUAUAAGCAAUGGGAGCAGGGGAUAGUGGCAGUUGAUAAUGGAAACGGCUCCAUUGCACCCACCCCUGGCCUCAGUCCGUCACCAUCUGCAACAAGCUUGGCGAGCUCCAAAUCAAGCUGCACCUGUAAUAGUGGCAGCAGUACCGUUGGUUCCACUCCUUAUUCAACCGGACCUUAUCAGCGCGUGCCUCACAAUUCCAGUCUUAGCACUCCUCAAUCUUCCCAAAUGGAUCCGACUGCAAUCGAGCAAGAUGAUGUAGCUUGUGGGACAGGAAUAUCACCCUACACAGAUGCAGGGGAUCAAUCUUCUAACCAGUACAGCUUCUGCAUAAAUAGGAGUGAUGAUGAAUAUGACUAUUAUGGUGGGUAUCCUUCGGAUUCUGAAUCCAGGCAAUAUUGUCCUGUAACCGUAGACGAUAUUGCCCCCAUGUAUGGACCAUAUGAAGCCCAUGCCGGUGAAGAUAACUCCAAAGAUGACGGUUGCUCCCCAGUACUUGAAAAUUUUGCCUCCGCAGUUGUAGAUGGUAGUAAAGAAGUAGGGCAACAAGAAGGGACACCGCAGCAUGGUCUGGACAGUGAAGCUCCUAUUCAUGACUUUGAAGAAACUGAUACAGAACCUGUGGACUUUGAGAACAACGGGUUGCUUUGGCUCCCUCCUGAGCCAGAGGAUGAGGAAGAUGAAAGGGAAGCUAUUCUAUCUGAUGAUGAGGAUGGGGAAGGUGUCAGUGGGGAGUGGGGUUAUCUACGCUCUUCAGACAGCUUUGGUAGUGCGGAGUACCGUAGCAGGGACAAGUCAAGUGAGGAGCACAGGAAGGCCAUGAAAAAUGUGGUGGAAGGGCAUUUUAGGGCCUUGAUAGCCCAACUUUUGCAGGUUGAAAACCUCUCCAUGGACAAUGAAGAUGGGAAAGAUAAUUGGUUGGAUAUAAUUGCAUCCCUUUCUUGGGAGGCUGCCACACUUCUUAAGCCUGAUAUGAGUAAAGGUGGAGGAAUGGACCCCGGUGGAUAUGUGAAGGUUAAAUGCAUUGCAUGUGGGCGGCGGGGUGAGAGUAAGGUGGUCAAAGGAGUUGUUUGCAAGAAAAAUGUGGCUCACAGGCGGAUGACUUCCAAAAUAGAUAAGCCACGUCUUUUAAUUCUGGGAGGAGCUUUGGAAUACCAGCGGGUUACUAAUCAUCUAUCAAGCUUUGAUACCUUGUUACAGCAGGAAAUGGACCACUUGAAAAUGGCAGUUGCGAAGAUCGAUGUGCAUGAUCCUGAUGUUCUUUUGGUAGAGAAGUCUGUAUCUCGCCAUGCACAAGAAUAUCUUCUUGGCAAAGAUAUAUCUCUUGUUUUGAAUAUUAAGAGGCCACUGUUAGAGCGUAUAGCUCGCUGUACUGGUGCACAGAUUGUUCCUUCAAUUGAUCAUCUUACAUCACCCAAAUUGGGGUAUUGUGAGACGUUUCAUGUGGAGAAGUUGAUGGAAGAGCACGGUAGCGCGGGCCAAGGAGGAAAGAAAUCGGCAAAGACGCUGAUGUUUUUUGAGGGUUGCCCAAAGCCCUUUGGUUGUACUAUUUUUCUCAAGGGCGCCAAUGGGGACGAGUUGAAGAAGGUGAAACAUGUUGUUCAGUAUGGAAUUUUUGCAGCUUAUCACUUGGCGCUAGAGACAUCAUUUCUUGCUGAUGAGGGCGCAUCACUCCCAGAGCUACCUUUGAGAUCCCCGCUGACGGUUGCAUUACCUGACAAACCAUCAAGUAUUGAGAGGUCCAUUUCCACUAUACCUGGUUUCUCUGUCACAUAUGCUAGUCCUUCGGAUGCACGACCAGUUAGUGCAAUGAGUUUACAUAAAGGCUUUGCAUUGGGUGGAUCCUUGCCUGCCAACCCUUCAUCCACUGACAAAAUGGAAGGUUCGAGGUUUAUUUUUCCUUUUAAAGGGUUGGACAAGUUGGAUCUUAAGAGCAAUGAACUUUUGUCAAACCAUUUUGCGGAGAAUUUUAAAGUGGGCGGACGGGAAUCUUUUCCAAUGACAUCUGCAAGCACAUGGAAAGAUGAUUCGGACAGCAGUUUUGUCUCUAAUGCUGGCUCCACUUCUGAGAAGGUGGGACAAAGUGACGGAUUUAGGCAUGGUAACAACAUAGCAGAUACUGUUGUGAAAUCAGAUUUGGCAGCUGCAAAAGAUGGGAAGAACCAUAAUGGGGAAAUGGGCUCUUCAAAGGAAGAAUUUCCUCCUUCUCCUUCCGAUCAUCAGAGCAUUUUAGUUUCUUUGUCCACAAGGUGUGUGUGGAAAGGAACUGUAUGUGAAAAGGCUCACCUCUUACGCAUUAAAUACUAUGGAUGCUUUGAUAAACCCUUGGGCCGGUUCUUGCGGGAUCACUUGUUUGACCAAAAUUAUCGUUGCCGUUCGUGUGACAUGCCAUCAGAAGCACAUGUUCAUUGUUACAUUCACCGGCAAGGCAGCCUGACUAUUUCUGUCAAAAAACUUCCAGAGUUUCUCUUACGAGGAGAACGUGAAGGAAAAAUAUGGAUGUGGCACAGGUGUCUGCGGUGUCCUCGGAAGAGCGGCUUUCCUCCAGCAACUAGAAGAGUACUUAUGUCUGAUGCGGCGUGGGGAUUAUCUUUUGGGAAAUUUUUGGAGCUGAGCUUUUCCAAUCAUGCUGCUGCUAGUAGGGUUGCUAGCUGUGGUCAUUCGCUACAUAGAGAUUGUCUCCGCUUCUAUGGCUUUGGGAGAAUGGUUGCUUGCUUCCGCUAUGCUUCUAUUGAUGUUCAUUCUGUUUAUCUUCCACCAGCAAAAAUUGAGUUUAACUAUGAUAAUCAGGAUUGGAUUAAAAAAGAAGCAAAUGAGGUUCAUGAGCGAGCACUACUCCUAUUUAAUGAUAUCUAUAAUGCUCUUCAAAGGGUGACAGAGAAAUCACCUCCUGUGACGUCACUGGAAGGCAGUGAUAAAUCUUCAGAAUCAAGAAAUCAAAUGGAGGAAUUGGAAGAGAUGCUAGUUAAACGGAAAGCAGAAUUUGAGGACCUAUUAGGAAAAGUGCUGGCUGCAGCUGGAGAGUUAAAAGUUGGCCAUCCCAUGAUUGAUAUCCUUGAAAUAAAUAAAUUGCGAAGGCAGUUACUCUUCCAUUCCUACACUUGGGAUCGAUGCCUGAUUCACGCGUUGAGAGCUAAUAAUAAGAGUCUGCAGGAAAGUUUGAACAGCUCUACUCAAAAACCUAGUACUGCUAAGGAGAAAACUGUCACUUCUGUGGAGAAGUUUGUUGAGACUGCGGCGCCUUCUAAUACUUCUAAAGGCUUUAGCAGUUGUGAUUCCUUUCUUCUGGAGAAAAAACCUCUUCUAGGCUUUAAUCAAGUUGAAAAUGGCAGGGAAGGUAGUGAGUCUGGUGGAGGUCUCGAAAUAAAGAAUUCAGACCAGGAUCUAAACCAUAAAAGGCAAAAUGAUAGUUCUGUUUCUUCUGGUGCAAUUAUUGGAAAUUCUGAUCCCCUGGAAUCUGGAAAAAUUGUGCGGAGGGCCUUAUCAGAGGGGGAGUUCCCUAUAGUUGCAAACUUAUCAGAUUCCCUUGAUGCAGCAUGGAGUGGUGAAAGUCACCCGUCAAGUACGGCACCUGAAGUGAACAGUAAUUCAGCUGCAACCAGUUCUUUAACUGUCUCAACUUCAGCCAAGGCAAGGUCUGAGUCAGACGUUCAGGAUAGUGAGCAAAUUGGGAAGGCGACUGCGAGUUCUCUCAGGGAACUUCCAUUGAAGGGAGGUGACAACUUGAACAGUCUAAGCAGUGUGGGAAUGAGUAUCCCAAAUAUCUAUAGCUCUUUUAAUACUUACACUGCUAAUUAUCAGAAGCUUGGUAUUGGUGAAUACCAGCCAGCGUAUGUCCUGUCGUGUUGGGAGUCAGAAAGGCAAAGUGGUGCCAGGUUUUUUCUCCCAGUUGGUUUUAAUGAUACCAUUGUGCCUGUUUAUGAUGAUGAACCGACAAGCAUUAUAGCUUAUGCACUCACCUCACCAAAUUAUCAUGCGCAGCUAUCUGACUGUGAGAAAUCAAAAGAUUGUCUGGAUUCUUCAAUUUCAUUGCCUCUCUUUGAUUCAGUAAACUUACUCUCACUCAGUUCAUUGAAUGAAGUAACCUGGGAUAGCCUUAAAAGUUUUGGAUCAACUGAUGAGAGUGUCUCAUCCACAUCUGGAUCUAGGAGCUCCCAGAACACGGACCCACUUUUGUCCGCCAAGGAUUUGCAUGCUAGAGUAUCUUUCAAUGAUGAGGGCCCUCAAGGAAAGGCCAAAUAUACCGUGACUUGUUAUUAUGCAAAGCAGUUUGAGGCUUUAAGGAGGAUUUCUUGCCCAUCGGAAUUGGAUUUUAUUCGGUCUCUUAGUCGUUGUAAGAAAUGGGGCGCCCAGGGUGGCAAGAGCAAUGUUUUUUUUGCCAAGACCUUGGAUGACCGAUUCAUCAUCAAACAGGUUACAAAGACAGAGUUGGAAUCAUUCAUCAAGUUUGCUCCUGCUUAUUUUAAAUAUUUGUCUGAGUCGAUCAGUUCCGGGAGUCCAACUUGCUUGGCUAAGAUUGUCGGUAUAUAUCAGGUUUCUUCCAAGCUCACUAAAGGAGGGAAGGAAACAAAGAUGGAUGUUCUGGUGAUGGAAAAUCUUCUCUUUCGCCGUAAUAUCACACGCCUUUAUGACCUUAAAGGAUCUUCCAGAGCACGGUACAAUCCUGAUACCAGUGGGAGCAAUAAAGUACUAUUGGAUCAGAACUUGAUCGAAGCAAUGCCAACCUCUCCGAUAUUUGUUGGUAAUAAGGCAAAGCGGUUGCUUGAGAGAGCUGUCUGGAAUGACACUGCAUUUCUCGCUUCUAUUGAUGUGAUGGACUACUCAUUACUUGUUGGAGUGGAUGAGGAAAGGCAGGAGCUGGUUCUCGGGAUUAUCGAUUUUAUGAGGCAAUAUACAUGGGAUAAGCACCUCGAGACUUGGGUGAAAACGUCAGGCAUUCUUGGUGGGCCAAAGAAUGCCUCUCCGACCGUGAUCUCCCCUCAAAUGUAUAAGAAACGAUUUAGAAAAGCUAUGACUGCAUACUUUCUCAUGGUGCCAGAUCAGUGGACACCUCCAACAAUGAUCCGCAGUGGCUCCCAAUCGGACGUUUGUGAGGACAAUUCCCAAGGUUGGAACACCUUAGAUUGAUAAAUGUCACAUUUUUUGCUGUAUGUCCAAUAAUGUUAGUUCAAAAUAAUCAUCUUCUUCCUUUUUUUUUCUUCCCUGUAUUAUACACCUUCCCCUCUUCUAUUCUUUUCUCCUUCCAAGCUCCAUGCUUGUUGUUCUGAUAGAUGUACAUGUUGAAAAUUCUCUCUUUAGUCAGCAGUUAAAGGUUCUAAAUGCCAAGUGUUUUUGUUAUCAAGGGCAUAAUGCCUUGCUUCUGUUCUGCUUUGUACAAUGUCUUAUAGCCAAGCCAGAAAGGUAAAAAAAGGGAAUUACAGAAUGUCCACUCUUUCUUGGUUGC